AUGUGUGGGAUAUUUCUAGCGGUAAGUGCCAGCGCUGCGCCGCUGAAGCUCGAGGCAAAACGGUACUCGCAAGACGAAAUCGCCCAGAUCGUCGGCUCCCGCGUGGCGCUUCAAACGGCGCUUUCGGCGCUCGACAAACAGAAGGUGGAAAACGCACAAAACAUCCGGCAAAGACGAAACGAACUUGGCCGGCUCAGCGUGAAGAACCACGCGUCGAGAAUCGCUGAGUUGCAGCGGGAAAUUGCGGAAUUGCUGGUGGUUUCGGCGCUGGAAGCGGCUGAACCCGAUUUGGAUGGCACCUUGGUGGAUAUCAUGGCCAGGGGUCCCGAUUACGCUGACUCGGUGCUUUCGUUGAGACAGCCGUUUGCAGUGCAGCCGUUGGCGGACGAGCGGUUCGUUUUUCAGUUCAACGGAGAGCUCUACAACGAGGGGUGUUUCUGUGGGAAUGACAGCGAAUUUGCGUUUCAGGAGAUCAAGGCCUCUGAAGGGGAUGUAGAUCUUCUCGGUGCCGCUUUGUCCCGCCUCAAUGGCGAGUUUGCGUUCGUUCUAACCGACAAAUCCACCAAAAGGGUGUUUUUCGGAAAAGACCACAUCGGCAAACGGUCCCUCUUGUACUCCACGAAAAACGGCUUGGCCGUGGCCUCCGUCUUGAGCCAUUUGCCCGAGGACGAGCUCGUGGAGUGUGAGCCUGGCGUGCUAUACGUCUACGAUGUGGAAAACAAAAAGCUUUCCAAAACGCCGUAUCCAAAGCAGCUCCGGUUGGAUGCCGUUUCUGGAGAAGCAUACAGCAAAGGAUACGCCGAAACUGCUGCUCUUGUGGACCUGCUCCACUCACACCUCAAAAACGCUUGUCUGGUUCGUCAAAAGACGGUGCACCCUCUCCACGCUACAAAAACACAGGUGGCCGUUUUGUUCAGUGGGGGUCUUGAUUGCACGAUCUUGGCAUCUCUAAUUGCCGAAAACUACGAAUCUCUCGGUGAGCCCGUCAAAAUCGAUCUUCUCACUGUAGGUUUCGAGAACCCCAGAACAGGCCUUUCUGCGCUGGAGUCGCCAGACCGCAAACUCUCCGAGCAGCUGUGGUUUGAGCUUUCGAGAAAAUUCAAAAAUUCCAAUGUUUCCUUCCGUUUGGUCCAGGUGGACGUUUCGUACGCCGACUGGCUUUCUCACAAAAACAGGGUGCUAAACCUUAUCCGACCCACUGCCACCGAAAUGGACCUUUCGAUUGGCAUAGCGUUUUAUUUCGCCAGCAAACCAGGCGACUUUACCGCCUUGACGAUGGAGGACUUCCCCGAGUGGUCAGAAUUCGAAAAAAACCGAGAAUCCUACGUCUCCUCAGAAAAGUACACUUCCAACGCCAAAGUGCUCUUUUCGGGCCUCGGCGCCGACGAGCUCUACGGAGGGUACUCCCGGCACGAGGCUGUUUUCGACUCUCUACAAGAAAACGCCGCUCCAGAAACCAUCUACAGCUUGUACGAUGAACUCUCAGAAUCGCUCCACCACGACAUCACGGCCAUAUACAACCGAAACCUCGGCAGAGACGACCGGGCCAUUUCCAGCUGGGGCAAGGAGCUCCGGUACCCGUACCUCGACAACGCCGUGGUGGAGUUUCUGGCGAGUUUGGCACCCCACUACAAAGUCCAGUUCAACUGGACCACCGUCAAAAGCAAAAAAGGCGAAAAACGAGCCAAAGUCUAUUCUCGAAAGUAUCUUCUACGGCAGCUUUGCCAUGCACUCGGGCUCCCCAUGGCGGCAGAGGAGGUCAAACGGGCGAUUCAGUUCGGAGCCAAACUGGCCAAACUCGAGGUUGGUCAGAGCAAGACCAAAGGCACGGAACGAGCCGCCCAAUAA